AUGACCUUGCUCUCCUCUGAGAAUCAGACAUCUUUCACAGAGUUCAUCCUGCUGGGAUCUAUCAAUAUCAAGCAAGGAAAGACUUUCCUCUUUGUUUUCUUUUUCAUACUGUAUACUAUUUGUUUCUUGGGGAACUUGUUUAUAAUCACUGUGGUUCUCUUAAAUCAGACUCUUCACACCUCUAUGUAUUUCUUUCUUGGCAACCUCUCUUUCUUAGAUAUCUGUUACAUUUCUGUGACUGUACCCAAAAUGCUAGCAGAUCUUUGGACUGAAUCUCCAAGCAUUUCCUUCCUGGGUUGUGCAGCACAGAUGUAUUUCCUCAUCACCUUAGUAGGCACAGAGGGAUUCCUUCUGGCCUCUAUGGCUUUGGACCGUUACUUUGCCAUAUGUCGCCCACUAGCUUACACCAGCCUCAUGAAUAAAUGGAUUUGCUUGCAGCUGGCUGUGAUAUCCUGGACUUGUGGGUUUCUCAAUGCUUCUCUCCACACAGCACUCACAUUCCACCUGUUUUUCUGCCAAUCUAAUAGGAUUAACCAUUUUUUCUGUGACAUCCCUCCGUUGCUGAGUAUCUCAUGUUCAGACACAUCAGUCAAUGAAGUUGCCCUUCUCACAGUGGGUGUCUUUGUAGGGCUUAGCCCUUUUUUCUUUACUCUAGUCUCAUAUGCUUUUAUCGUUCAUGCCAUUCUGAGUAACCAACAGAAAGGGCUGAGUCAUAAAGCAAUUUCUACAUGCAUAUCGCACCUGACAGUUGUGAUUUUGUUCUAUGGCUCCAGCAUAUUUACAUAUGUCCGUCCUACCUCCAGCUACUCACUAGAAAGAGACCAGCUUGUGGGAGUUCUAUACAGUGUCUUAACACCAACACUCAAUCCACUCAUCUACAGCCUACGGAACAAGGAAGUGAAAUUGGCAAUGAGGAAGCUGAUUGGUGCUGGGUCAUUUUCUUGUGGAAUUUAG